AUGGCUCCCACCGCCCCAGCUCCUUUCUCCGAACCACUCCUCCCGCAGCUCGAUCUCGGGAAUCCGUAUUACACGGAGAAACACCACCGCCUCCGUGCCUUUGUCCGCAACUACCUUGAGACCGAGAUCGCUCCCUAUGCGCAAGAAUGGGAAGAGGCAGGCCAGGUGCCGGAGCAUGUCCGUCUACGACAUUGCCAGCUCGGGUUCGCGGUCACCCAUCCCGUCGUUGAUCCCGCUGAUGCGGGCGGUGUCCAACUGCCUGCCGGAAUACCUUACGACGAAUGGGAUACGUGGUGCUCCGUUAUCGUAACCGACGAGGUCAGCCGUCUGGGCUGGUGUGGUCCAAUGUGGGGCAUUUCAGGCGGCAACGCGAUCGGUGCACCGCCUAUUGCGCACUACGGAACAAAAGAACAAAGACAAAGGUGGCUGCCGAAGAUCGCCAGAGGAGAGCUCAGAUUUUGUCUGGGCAUCACCGAGCCAGACGGAGGAAGCGACGUCGCCAAUAUCAAAACCACCGCGGAGAGGAGGGGAGAUCGUUAUAUCGUGAACGGCAAUAAGAAAUGGAUCACCAACGCUCUCUGGUGCGACUAUUGUACAGCUGCGGUGAGGACCGGUGGACCAGGCCAUGGAGGUAUCAGCCUGUUGGUUAUCCCGCUCAAGGCAGAGGGUGUCACAUUAAGAAGAUUGGAGAACACAGGCGUCCACGCCAGCGGUAUGACAUUUGAUCCUGUUUCUGACUACCACCCCACUCUAACAUUCUUAGGAUCAACCUACAUCACUUUUGACGAUGUCGAAGUUCCCGCGGACCACCUCAUUGGACGCGAAGGCGGCGGCUUCCCCAUGAUCAUGUCCAACUUCAACCCAGAGCGUCUCUCUCUGGCUACUGCCUCACUCCGUCUCGCUCGGGUCUGCGCCCAAGAUGCGUACAAUUACGCCUGCGAUCGCGAGACCUUUGGCAAGAAACUGAUCGAGCAUCCUCCCAUCAAGGCAAAGAUUGCCAAAUUCGGACUCUUGAUUGAACCCGCCCACGCAUUCCUCGAGCAGCUGUGCUACAUCAUUGAAACUUCACGCGUGACAGGAAAGCCGGUUAAUAUCGGCGGCAUGACAGCCUUGCUAAAGGUGAUGAGCACAAGGUGCUUGGAAAAAGUGUGUCGAGAGGCACAGCAGAUCAUGGGUGGAGCCGGCUACUCAAAGACGGGGAGAGGUGCCCGGAUCGAACAGAUCAGUCGAGAUGUGCGUGUUCACGUUGUCGGUGGUGGCAGUGAAGAGAUCAUGCUUGACCUGGCCGUCCGUCAAGAGGUCAAGGAUGUCAAGUUGAGAGCUGCUAGGCUUGCGGGUGCGAAGCUGUAA